AUGUCUUCAGGUAUUAAAUUUUAUGGAUCAAUUCUCAAGGCGGUACCCGGUAAUUAUUUUUUUGAUGAACAUAGUAGUAAUCAAUGCAAUAAUCAACAUCAACAAAUUAAUAAUAAAAAUAACAAUAACAAUAUAAGCAAGGAACAAAACAUUUGUUUUUUUUUUUCAAGAAAAGGAUAUUGUAGGAAUGGUGAUGAUUGUAGAUACAUUCAUGGUAAUCUAUGUGACAUUUGUAAUAAAGCCAUGUUAAUACCAGAUAAUAUUGAACAAAAUCAAACUCACUAUAUUGAAUGUUUAUUGAAUCAAGAGAAUCAAUUAUUACGUCAAAAUGAGUCAAUGAGACAAUACGAAUGUGAAAUUUGUUUUGAAUCAAUCGUAGAUAGUGGUAAAAAGUUUGGUUUAUUAAGUCAUUGUCAACAUAAAUUUUGUUUAAAUUGUAUUAGAAGUUGGAGAUAUAGUGCCAAUAAUAGUACUAGUAAUAACAACAGCACCAUCAAUAAUAUUAGUAAUAGUAUUAAUAAUAUUUUAAGUAAUGGUGGUAGUACUAUUUUCUUUUCAACUAAUCCUAAUAAUGAUAGUAUUGAUAUUUUCAAUUCAAUUGGAAUUCUCAAUAGUGGUGGUAGUGGUUAUAAUAAUCAACAAUUUAGAAAUCAUGAACAAAUUCAACAUGUUAGAAAAUGUCCAACUUGUAGAACUGUCUCCUAUUUCAUCAUUCCAUCUGAUAUCUAUGUUGUUGGUGAUGAUAAAGAACAAAUGAUUAAUAUGUACAAAAUGAAAUUAUCAAAGAUUCCUUGUAAAUAUUUUGAAAAUCAAGGUUAUUGUAAAUUUGGUUUACAUUGUAUGUAUAAUCAUUCAAAUCAACAUUUUUUUGAUGAACUAGAUAAUGACCAAAAUAAUAUCAAUAAUAAUAAUACUGUCACAACAACCACAACUACAACAACUACAACUACAACUUCAACUUCUUUACCAUCAUCAAAUAGAAAUAAACAAAAUGAUGAUUCAAGUGAUAUUGAUGAAGAGGAUGAUAAAAUUAAUUUAGAAAAUGAAUUAAAUUUCAACUUUAAUUUUAAUGAUUCUGGAAGCAAUUAUUCAGACUGA